AUGAUCCUCAAGCCACCUCCUAGGAGACCUCCCAAUAAGCCUAUGCCAAACACAUGUGUCUUCUGCUAUUUUCAUCAGUUCAGUGGCCACAAUACCAAGUUUUGUGUUGCCUUGCACAACAUCAUUGAAGGACUUAUUCGUGAAGGGAAGCUGGAUAAAUAUGUGUACAACCUCCCACCCUCACCUAACCAGAUCAACAUGAUCUUCACCAUCAGCAGUGGUCCCACGUUGGUCGGAACCUCCAACAUCUCCAUCAAACACUAUAUCCGUUCUUCCUAUGCGCACCAGGUCUUUAGCACUGAGCACAGACGCCUGCCUAUGACGCAAAAAUCAAGCUAG